AUGGUCAACUCCUGUUGUGGCUCCAUCUGCUCUGAGCAGGGCUGCGGCCAAGACUUCUGCCAGGAGGAGUCCUGCUGCCGCCCCAGCUGCUGCCGCCCCACCUGCUGCCGCCCCAGCUGCUGCCGCCCCUCGUGCUGCAUCUCCAGCUGCUGCCGCCCCACCUGCUGCAUCUCCAGCUGCUGCAGGCCCCAGUGCUGCCAGCCCACCUGCUGCCGCCCCAGCUGUUGCAUCUCCAGCUGCUGCAGGCCCCAGUGCUGCCAGUCUGUGUGCUGCCAGCGCACCUGCUGCCGCCCCACCUGCUGUAUCUCCAGUUGCUGCAGGCCCCAGUGCUGCCAGUCUGUGUGCUGCCAGCGCACCUGCUGCCGCCCCACCUGCUGUCGCCCCAGCUGCUGCAUCUCCAGCUGCUGCAGGCCCCAGUGCUGCCAGCCCACCUGCUGCCGCCCCAGCUGUUGCAUCUCCAGCUGCUGCAGGCCCCAGUGCUGCCAGUCUGUGUGCUGCCAGCGCACCUGCUGCCGCCCCACCUGCUGUAUCUCCAGUUGCUGCAGGCCCCAGUGCUGCCAGUCUGUGUGCUGCCAGCGCACCUUCUGCCGCCCCACCUGCUGUCGCCCCAGCUGCUGCAUCUCCAGCUGCUGCAGGCCCCAGUGCUGCCAGUCUGUGUGCUGCCAGCCCAGCUGCUGCCGCCCCAGCUGCUGCAUCUCCAGCUGCUGCAGGCCCCAGUGCUGCCAGCCCACCUGCUGCCAUCCCAGCUGCUGUGUGUCCAGCUGCUGCAGGCCCCAGUGCUGCCAGUCUGUGUGCUGCCGCCCCAGCUGCUGCAUCUCCAGUUGCUGCCGCCCCAGCUGCUGUCAGACCAUCUGUUGCCGUCCCUCCUGCUUGCAGACCACCUGCUGCCGUCCCAGCUGCUGUAGCAGUUCUUGCUGCUGA